AAGAGCCCACCCCCGACGGGAUCAGACAAGCGUUGAAGAAAUACAAGUCGAAGCAGAUCAUAAAGAAACUACAAAGAAACAACACGGAGGAGGAGAUAUGCACAUCCGUCAGACGGCUGAUGGCCAAUGGUGCGCUGUCGUCGCCGCCGAAGGAUACGGACGGGUGGAUGCCCGUUCAAGUCGAUCUUGAUCCAAAUACGAUCACAGUAGCGCAAGAGGCGCGUAUCAGUGAAGAAGCUCCCAGCGACAAUAGUAGGGACUUCCAACUCGUUCGCGAGGAGAACUUGAUUUCUGAGGGAGACACGGAACCGCAGGGUAAGUUCUGCAGAAGUGAAAAAUCUGUCCCAUGAUUAACAGGCAUUCGAGUAGGUGACGAGGCGACUGAUAAAGAUCAUCCCACUAUGAUUCCAUUUGACACGCAGUACACGAUCGUGACUGAGCUGCAAAGUCUGCUGGAGCAAACAUGUUUUGCCCAUGCAAAGAGAACCAUGCCCUUCGUUUUGAGCCGCCGCCGGUGGGACUUUGCCUGCUCAGCUAAUUUGGCAAGCUGGGCCGAUUUGUUUCGCAAGACCAAGAACAGGUUGUUGCCGGAUGUUCCGGACACGAAAUUCGAGUGCCUUGCCGAAUCGAUGGUUGGCAUUCUAAAUGCUGCAGUUAAUCGUACGCCUAUGCCCUGGUCUCGGAUGAGUAACUACUUCCAACAUGCAGAGUUACUGGCGAUCUCAUUGGGCGAAUCAGAGUACGCUCAAGCUAUUCAGGCGCUGUUCAUAGAGGUGUCAGAAGUGGUAUCCCUUCUUGCCGGUAAUGAGAUAGAUGUGAGACGCACAGUCCGAAAGGAGCUUGCGGAGCUCGCAGUGACCAGGGAAAGGAUUCUGCAAAAGGAAGUGGACGUUAAGGAGAGUUUCUUAGUGGAGAUGGAACGUUUGCAGAAGAGAUCAAAGGCUCCUAUAAUGGAAGCGGUGCGAAAAGCGGCCGAACUCAGGCUAAGUCAGCAGUCAGCGGACUAACCUAACUCCGACGCUAUCUCCCUUCACCAUCCUGACUG